ACAUCCGGUUUGUGCUCCAAAUGAAAACACAUUAACGUUACACUGAGGCCUGAUAGCCUGGGUUUAAUCAUUAUUUGAGCCAAAAUGGCUGUGGCCAUGAGCUCAACAUGUCCGGGCCUGUACUGUGGCAGGAUGAUGUUCAAUGGAUCAGUUGAAGGAGACUGUGGUGUCUGUCCUCGUGGAGAGCGCUCUAACCUCCAGAAGGUGUGUGAACGCUGCACAGAAUCCCCUGAGCUCUACGACUGGCUCUAUCUGGGCUUCAUGGCCAUGUUACCACUAGUGCUGCACUGGUUCUUCAUCGAGUGGUACUCUGGAAAGAAGAGCUCCAGCGCUCUGCUGCAGCACAUCACAGCCAUGCUGGAGUGCAGCGUAUCAGCUGUGGUCACCCUGCUGGUCACAGAGCCUGUGGGAAUGCUCAGUAUCCGCUCCUGUCGGGUCCAGAUGUUGUCAGACUGGUACACCAUGCUGUAUAAUCCCAGUCCAGACUACAUCAACACACUACACUGCACCCAGGAGGCUGUUUACCCUCUCUACACCAUCGUGUUGAUCUACUACGCAUUCUGCUUGGUGCUGAUGAUGCUGCUGCGCCCUCUGCUGGUGAAGAAGAUUGCGUGUGGUUUGGGCAAAUCUGAUCGCUUCAAGAGCAUCUACGCCGCUCUGUACUUCUUCCCCAUCCUCACUGUGCUGCAGGCUGUGGGAGGAGGACUGCUCUACUAUGCCUUCCCCUACAUCAUCCUGGUCCUGUCCCUGGUCACUCUGGCUGUCUACAUGUCUGCCUCUGAGAUACAGUCUUUUAAGAACCUGGUUGCUAAGAAGAAACGUCUGGUGGUGCUGUUCAGCCACUGGCUGCUCCACGCAUACGGGAUCAUCUCCAUCUCUCGGCUGGACAAGUUGGAGCAGGACCUGCCCCUGCUGGCCCUGGUGCCCGGCCCCGCCCUCUUCUACAUCGCCACCGCCAAGUUCACGGAGCCCAGCCGCAUCCUGUCUGAGGGCGGCAACGGACACUGAACUCUCACUCAGCUCUGCUCUAGAGUCUCUCAGCCUCUGUGUAUGAACCAUCAGUUGAACCACAGCAGCUUAAUGUGAUCCAACUUGUUCAACCGGUUAUUGUAAUAUAAUGAUGACAUCAUGAGGCUUUUAGCAUGGCUGGGACUGAAUUCUCUCUUUUGUUUGUUUUCAGCAUGACUGAAUGGUUUCAUGUUGGGAAACAACUUCAUGAUCCAAAUCAUUGUGCUGUAGGCUGUAAUCAUUGGACUGUUUCCAGUCAUGAUCCAGAUGGAGAACUGUUAACACUUCAUGUUAGCAUGGCUCAAAGUAGAUUAUCAGUUAUUUUUCACUUCAUUAUCAUUUCAUCUUUGAAAACAUGGGUCUGUAUGGGACAGAUGCCAAUCACAUUACCAGGCAUGGCCUUAAGUGAUGAUCUGACCAACAGUCCAAACACUGGAGUGAUGAUAAAGCCAAAGUGGAGAGUGUAGUGGAGAAGCUGGAAGCAGACCGUGUUUGAUAGUUUUGUUGUGUUCUCUAAAAGCCAAACGGCUUAUUGAUUGAUACAUUUCCUUAUCUCGUCUUAUCUGCCUAUCUUCUAUUUAUUUACCAUCAGCCUUUAAAGGGGGUUGAUAGAUCCUUAUUUUCUGUUUUUGUGCACCUUGUACAUUCUCUUGAAAAUGAAGUGAAGAGACUCACUCGGCCUCAUGUAUAUAAUAGAGUCCUGCAUGCAGGUAGGUGAUUGUAAAAAUGUAAUUAUUAUAGUGGAUCUCCCUAAAGAUAAACACUGACACUGUGUGAUGUUUCAGCCAUCAUCACUUGUUUUGUGUCUGCUGCCCUGAAGCUGUAAUGUUAAUGAGCCUGUGUGGCUCAAUUGAAGCUGUGUGUACAUUCAUGUAAAUAGUGUGUGUUCAGUAUUGUUUGCUCUACAGUGAGUGUAAAGUUCAGCUGUUUCAGUUUGACGUCAACAUGUUCUCCUAUCAGUGUGAGCUCACUCCUCAUCUAUUUAUGACUCCUAUAAGCAUAAACCUGUCUGACAUGUCUCCACCUCAUGUUCAUCUCACACAGCUCCAUCUAUCAGGCGUUUGGAACAUUUUUGACACUAAAGUGGAAGUUUGAACAUCUGUAAUUCUGUAACAAGUGUGAGAACUAUGUGCUGAGGAAGGUAGUGUGAUGUGAUCUAAAGCUUACACACAGCUACUCGUGGACCAUGUGGUGAGACAAAAAUGCAAUUUCACCCAAAUGUUUUGCUUGUGUUAAUAAUGAUAACAUGAACUGCACUUCUUUUUUUCUGAUGUGCCUUUCCACUCUUUUUUUCCCCCCCUUUUCUUUCAUCUUUCUUUUGCGUUCUUCAAACCUGUCAGCAGUCGUGAUGAAUGUUACACUCAGUUUAAUAUUUAAACGGUCUGACAGACAGACCACUUUGUUUUAGUGAUUGUUUUUUGUACUGAAUGUUUCAUGAGACUUCUACACAAAUAAA